AUGUCAGACGUUUUCUUACCUCAAGUCUCUAAAAGAGAUAAAAGAAAGAAUUCCAUUUAUUCUUUAAAUGAACAACUCCUUUCUGAUACUAGUAAAACUCCUGACCCUUAUUCAACAACUCCUUCUCAAGGAACAUUUCGUUAUUCAAGUACAGAUAUACUUAAUUUUUCAGUAUUACCAGACGACUCAAAUACAGUAUUUACAAGUUCUUAUAGAGGAAAUUCAAAAAAAUCACAAGAAGAAGAGAUGCGUAAAUUUUUAUUUAAUUUUCCAUCUCUAUUAUUAAAUUCUUAUUGUAAUGCAGUUUGUGUUUUUUUAAUAUUAUUUAAAACAUUCAAUUUAACCGAAAUAAAAUUAAUAAAAAAUGAUGGAAAUCCUUACCAUAUUAAAGUAUUAUUAGAGUUUUAUUCAUCUCGAGGGAAACUUAUUGACCUUUUAACUAAUUUAGCAUAUGAUGAAAUUGAUAGCUGUAAUAUAAAUAAUCAAAUAUUUCGAGGAAAUACAUUGUUUACUAAAAUUUAUGCUGAGUAUUUACGUCGUUAUUGUUCUGAAUUUCUUGCUUCUUCAACAUUACAGUUUAUAGAAUUAUUAAAAUCUAAUAAACGUUAUCUUGAUGGAUUUUCUUUACCAAAAGAAAGUGAAGAAUAUCGUUCAUGUUUUAGAGAAGGAAUGAGGCAUUAUGUUAAAUUGGUAGAACAAUCAAAAAAACUUUUUCCUGCUCAUCUUCGUGAAAUAAUAAAAAACAUCUUUUUUAAAAUAAAGUCAAAUAGAGGAGAGCAACAAGCAAUAAGAACAAUUUCUACAUUAUUAUAUCUUCGAUAUUUAUUUAUUCCCUUUGCUACUUAUCCAUCAUUAUUAGUCGAAAUUCAAAAAGUAGUUAAUGAAACAACUAAACGAGACCAUUUAAUUCUUUAUUCUCCAGUACCUAGAGAAAAACAAUUUUGUUCAGAAUUUAUUCAUUUUAUAGAAAGAACAUUAGUCAGUGUUAUUACUGGUCCUACUUCUUUUAGUACAUCAAUAAGAGGUAUUAGCGCUUUAAACCAAGAAAAAAGUUUGGUUAGUUUAGUUAGUGUUAUUCGUCAAGAAAUGAGAGUAAUAAGUAAGUUUUAUCCAAAUGACUUUGAUGAAGUAUUUCAAGUCGUUAAAGGAAAAACAAAUACAAAUGCUAGUUGUAGUGUUUGUUAUAUUACUGAUGAAUUUACUGGUUGGAUGACUGAAAGAGAAAAAGCAUUAGUAAAAGAAAAUUCUGAAAUUAUAAAACAAAUCCAAAUCAUUCAAAAACAAAAUGAAAAACUAAGGUCUCAAAUACUUUCUUUGAAAGAAAAGUUUAUUUAA